AUGGAACCCACCAAGGAGGUUAUGGACACCACAGCUGUGGACCUGGGCGCCCUUCUGGACGCAGGGGACGGCGCAGUCGUCACACUCGUGGCAGGCGGCACCCGUCUCGUGGCGCACAGGGCCGUGUUGGCCGAUAGAAGUCCCGUGUUUGGCGGCAUGUUUCGCCACGACACACUGGAAGCCAACACCGGUGAGGUCGCAGUCCCGGACGUGGAGGGCCCGGUGCUCCGCCAGCUGGUCGCCUACCUCUACACCCUCCAGGCCCCUCAGCUGCCCAGCCUGGCCCCCCAGCUGCUGGCAGCAGCUGAUAAAUACGGCGUGUCGGCCCUGAAGGCUCGGUGCGAGCAGCUCGUGGCCGCUCAGCUGUCAGUCGAGACUGCGGCGGCCACAGCAGUUCUGGCGAUCAGGCACUCCUGCACCAGCCUCAGGCAGGUCGCCGUUAACUUCAUAAAGGCCAACAUCGCCCAGGUUAUGACCACACGGGGUUGGGCUGAUGCAGUGCGCACUCAGCCAGAAGAUGUGGUCACACUGGGUCAGCUGCUCGCAGAUCCUCCAGCACAAACCAGCGCGCCGGCCUCUGCAGACGGCAGUGGGCCGCAGGGAGACCGCGGCCGCACCCCUGCCACUGCUGCGCCGCCCACGGCUGCCCGCACUACUCUUCCGCCAGAUGACUCUGCCGUCUCUCGCCUGCGAAGCCUUCCUGAAAAAGAGAAGAACAGCAGGCUGAUUCAGGCAGCGAAGGAGGAUGCAGUCGACGAGUUGCAGACUCUGCUGGCAGCUGGUGCGGACGUAGGGGCGAGGGACGAGGGCAAGGACAGGUGGACCACCCUCCACUGGGCAGCAACCAGAGGACACGUGAAGGCAGCGAGGUGCCUGGUGGAGGGUGGAGCAGACGUGGACGCCAGGUGCAGCAGCUGGCAGGAGACUCCACUGCACAGGGCUGCAAUUAAUGGCCACGAGGCUGUGGCGCAGCUACUGCUGGAAGCAGGUGCAGAGGUAGAUGCCAGGAACAAAACGCUGAGCACGCCCUUGCUCUUGGCUGCGUAUCAUGGCCGUGAGGCUGUGGUGAGGCUGCUUCUGGCAGCCACUCCUUACCACAACGCCAGGGAUCAGUGGGGGGAAACGCCAUUGCACAAUGCUGCUCAGAAGGGCCACGAAGGGGUGGUAUCGGCACUACUGGAGGCAGGGGCCGAUCGGAGCUCCAGGAAUAACCAGGGAAAAACCCCACUGGACCUCGCCAGGCAGAAAGACCACCAGCAGCUGGCAGACUUGCUAAGGUGA